GCCGUCCGCGUUACGCGCGCCAUCCGCCAUCGCCAUGGGGCUCGAGAAAAGGACUAUCAAGAUUAUUGUCAUUGUUGUGGUCGCCAUCGUCAUUCUCGGUGGAUUACUGGGGCUCUUACUUGGCCUCUUGUUGUACCCGUAUUAUGUAGUGUUGGAGGUGUGGCCGCGCUCAGUGGAUGACUACAGAUGGGAUCAGCCCCUCAUCCAGUUCAGACCUGCGGAUCCAGGCUCCUUCCAUCCUUGGAUCCAGCGUACCAAUGACUUCCUCAGAGUGUACGAAACCAUGGUCCCCGAGAGCCCGCCACGCGCGCCUUGCACCACUCGCGAGCGCAUGCAUACAAUGCCUCGUCCCCCGGACUGCGACCAAGCUAUGAGGAGAUGGGACCCGUGUACCAUCGACAUGGGAUACGGGUACCCUAUGGGUACCCCUUGCGUGUUCCUCCGUCUCUCCCAUGUGAACUACUGGACACCGCAUCCUUACAACUAUUCAAUGAAUCUGCACAUCCCGCCCGAGAUGCCUAAGCACAUAAGAGAUGGAAUGGCUGCAGCUAACGGCAUGGACUACAUCUGGGUAUCCUGUCAAGGAGAAUUUGGCGCAGACAAGGAAAACAUCGGUCCAAUUCACUACAUCACCGGUGGCCUGCCUCCAGGGUUCCCUUUGAGCCGUCUCCACACAGCUGACAGGAUCCCGUACGCCAGCAGACACCUGCCAGAGAAGGACCCUGGACCGCUUGUUGGAGUAUUCUUUAAGGAACCCAGACGGGGCGUAGUGAUCAACGUAGAGUGCCGCAUCUGGGCGCGGGACAUCUACUACGACGGUACUGGACGCACUGGACGAGCUCGCUUCGAGAUCUUCGUCGAGUAAAUGUUUGAAGAAGCCUUUUUUAAUGCUUUUUCUAAAGGUUUUCUACUCUUUAUGAUUCCUGAUGUUGAGUUUUGGAGAUUUUCAGUUGAGGAUGUCCUCACGCCAUGCCCGUCUGGGCAUGCCUACACAAACCGAAAUGUGCUUAAGUUUUUUUUAGUUAGGGAAAAUAUAUGGCAAGCGUUCGGCGUUUUAUGUUAUUCAUCUUGAUGUUCGCGAUGUCGAAACUUUUAAUAAGAAAAUAAAGAAGCAUAGAAAGUUAGACCAAGAAAAGUCUGCAGAGGCAGCACACGCAGUGCCAGUAAAUACGUCAUAAUUUCAUAGAAGUUUGACAUUUAAAAUAACACCUGCACUGACUGGACUGCGUGUGCUGUCAAAAUCUCUCCAGACUUUUCUUGGUUUGACAUGUCACGUCACGUUAAUUUUCAAUAAACACUGUAUCGUAUUCUGUGUAUAAAACCAAGAAUAAAACUUAAUUUAUUUAUAUAGCGGUAAGUCUAAAUAAAGCUAAUCUAAGGCUUCGGUCACACGGCCGUGGAUCUGCGUGCGGAUCGGCUGUGUGAGCCAGACAGCGGCUGUGAACAUUAUAUAGCGAUGUUCCACCUGUUUUUUCAUAAUUUUGUACGAAAAUUACUUAUAAUUAAUUAAUUUAUAAUUAAUUUACUUAUAAUUACCUCCAUAAUAUGUAUUCGACGUCAUAGUUUAGACAUAAAUCAUGACUGACCGGAGGGGCGCGGUAGUGAAGGUCAAGUCGCUAAAUGUCAACAUAUAUAGUAGCCGGUAGGGCAUUCUUAAUGUCACUUAAAUUUUGUCAUUAAUGUUUAAGCUGUAUAAGUCACUUAAAUAUAAUUUGAUUUCAAUUAUAUUAAAGAGUUGUUGUUGUUCAAUAAAUAAGAUUAAACAAUAUAAUAAAAAUAUUUAACAGAACGUUAAAAUUGACCUUACAUGGUAUUAUAAAUAAAUUCUAAUGAAUGUACAGUCAUGUUCUAAGAACAAAUUAAAUUACUUUCUAUGAAAAUAUUUUAAUUUGUGUUUUUUACAAGUAGACACACGACUAUUUAAACUAUAAACGGAAUAAAUGUCAUAUACGAAGGAAAAAAUAGUAAAACCAACUGUCGCGUAAACGUAGGACGCUGGUUCGAUUCCAGCCCUGGGCACACGAGGCCUUGGUAAUUUUGGCCUUUGUAUAUAUGUGGAAGCUUGUAAUUUGCAUUUAGUAGAUAAGUCUAAUAAGUAUAUUAGGCAGCAAGCAUCCAGAAUAAAAUAAAAUAAAAUAUGACAUUUAUUUCGUUAAUAUACAUGUUAUAAAAUUAUAACCGUGGAUAUAAUUGAGCUAUUUACAGAAACAUGCCAAAGUUAAAUCGAAAAUCAGUAUAUAUAAGUUAUUUGUUAAGUUUGUCAAACUUAUAAGACUUAAAAACAACAACUAUCAUAAUCAUAAAUAUCAACAGUUCAGAUUCCACAAAUACCUACAUAAUAUUUAGCAGUGUUGGCCGAACGUUAAUUGCAAUUAACCAUUAACCAGUACAAAUUGAACCGUAAACCGUAACGGACGGUUAUAGUUUACGGUUCAAUUUGU